AAGACACGCACGUGGUGCGCGUUUAUUCUACAGCGCGUGUACAGUAGCCACGCGGUGACGACGCGUCUCAACUAGCGCGUGGAGGCUUAAAGAAAGACGUUUCUAAUUGACGUUAAGUGGUCACUUCGGGGCAGUGGGGGGCUCGCGACAUAACGCGUGGGUACAUUCGUUAAGUUACAGGUUUAGCAGCGUUUCCGAUACUCAGGUUUAAGGUCAGUCGCCUCCACCCGUCUCUCUCUCUCUCUGCUCUCUGUCUAGCGCUCUCUCUCUCUCCCUCUUCCUGUUUCGAGCGACUCUCCCCCCGCAGCCUCCGCCACACACAACACGGGCUCAUUCCAACUCAUUCGGCGUGUGCGUGUGGGUGCGUGCGUGCGCGCGCGUGCGAGUGACCACUUGCUUUGUUAAGCAACACCCCACAUGAGUCGGCUGUGAGUCACUCGGCGGCGGUCGGAACUUGAAAUAUGACGAGAGGCGAAAUGGGAGGAAAGUCGUCGCUGUCUUGCUGAAGUUUUUUUUUUUUUUUUUUUUUUUCUUGGGGAGGCUCUCCGUGUGGAAGAGGUUGGCGGCGGACACCACGAGUUCACUCUCACAAUAAACACAAAAGGAGAAACAGGAGUGAGGCCAAACUUGCGACAUCCCUCCUCCCUUUCAUUGGGCUAAGAUGAGUAUUACCAGUGACGAAGUGAACUUCUUGGUCUACAGAUACCUCCAGGAAUCAGGUUUCUCCCACUCAGCAUUCACCUUUGGCAUUGAGAGCCACAUCAGCCAGUCCAACAUAAACGGAACACUAGUGCCCCCUGCAGCCCUCAUCUCCAUCCUGCAGAAAGGGCUCCAGUACGUUGAGGCAGAAAUCAGCAUCAAUGAGGACGGCACGGUAUUCGACGGGCGGCCGAUUGAGUCGCUGUCGCUCAUCGACGCGGUGAUGCCAGAUGUGGUGCAGACGCGGCAGCAGGCCUUCCGCGACAAGUUAGCCCAGCAGCAAGCGUCCUGUGCCACGGCAGCUUCUACCUCCGGAAACCAGCCGAGCGCAUCGAAGAACGGCGAAGCUCCGGUCAACGGGGAGGAGAACGGCACCCACAGCAUGAAUAACCACAGUGAGCCCAUGGAGAUGGACGUCGAUGUGGAGAUACCAGCCAGUAAAGCCACGGUGCUCCGAGGCCACGAGUCCGAAGUGUUCAUCUGCGCCUGGAACCCCGUCAGCGAUCUGCUGGCCUCCGGCUCGGGAGACUCCACCGCCAGGAUAUGGAACCUCAACGAGAAUAACAACUCCAACUCCACCCAGCUGGUGCUGCGCCACUGUAUCCGAGAAGGUGGCCAGGACGUCCCUAGUAACAAAGACGUCACGUCUCUAGACUGGAAUAGCGACGGGACUCUGCUGGCGACGGGCUCGUACGACGGGUUCGCCAGGAUCUGGACAAAGGAUGGGAAUCUGGCAAGCACCUUGGGACAGCACAAAGGGCCCAUAUUUGCACUCAAGUGGAACAAGAAGGGGAACUCCAUUCUCAGUGCCGGUGUAGAUAAGACGACAAUCAUUUGGGACGCGCACACGGGAGAAGCCAAGCAGCAGUUCCCCUUUCACUCGGCCCCAGCGCUGGAUGUCGACUGGCAGAACAACACCACCUUUGCCUCCUGCAGCACAGACAUGUGCAUCCACGUCUGUCGCCUUGGCAGCGACCGGCCCCUCAAGACCUUCCAGGGCCACACGAAUGAAGUUAACGCCAUUAAGUGGGAUCCAUCAGGUAUGCUGCUUGCCUCCUGCUCGGAUGACAUGACCUUAAAGAUCUGGAGUAUGAAGCAGGAGUCGUGUGUCCACGACCUCCAGGCUCAUAGUAAAGAGAUCUACACGAUCAAGUGGAGCCCCACAGGCCCCGGCACGAGCAACCCCAACUCCAACAUCAUGCUCGCCAGCGCCUCUUUCGACUCGACGGUUCGACUGUGGGACGUCGAGCGAGGGAUUUGCAUCCACACGCUGACCAAGCACCAGGAACCCGUAUACAGCGUGGCCUUCAGCCCCGACGGCAAGCACCUGGCCAGCGGCUCCUUUGAUAAGUGUGUCCACAUUUGGAACACCACGGUAAGCCUCUCAAUUCACGCUGCUCCGCGCGGCGGGAGCGAUUUGUGGCGAUUGCCGUCAGAGUUGUUCAUUCAUUCGUCCCUCUGCCCCCCCCCCCGUGUCAAAAUGGAGCCCUGGUGCACAGCUACCGGGGCACCGGUGGGAUUUUCGAGGUGUGCUGGAACAGCCCCGGGGACAAAGUUGGGGCCAGCGCGUCAGAAGGCUCGGUGUGUGUUCUUGAUCUCCGAAAAUAGCCGACUUGAGACUUUGAUGAUGAGUCCUGGAAUGUGCAUCGAAUUGCCUUUUUUUUCUGACAUCAGAAAACACACUCUGAUUGCUCAAGAAGAGCCGUAAGGUGGAGCGGAAACCCCCCCCACACAGGAGCACAACCAGAUGUGUGCAGCAGCCUCCGAGGACGUCCGUCCGCGCACCUUACAGUUUGUUGAUGAGUGUUUUAGGAAACGCCUGUUGGAAACGUGACGGAAGCCGGUAAAGAGAUCCCCAGGACUGGACUGAAUCCAACUCCCCGGGUGCAGCCGCGUUUUACAGGUUUCUAAUGAGAAAGUGCUGCAGCCCCUCCGGGCCACUGGUCCAGCUGUUAUCGGGUUGUAAGGGUGGAAACACAAAGAUGAGUUUUAUAUAAAGAGAAAAGUGUUAACGAGACACGUGUUCGGCUGUAAGAGGGAACAAAUUAUGAAAGAAAAGGUUGCGGUUUUAGGAUUCCUCUGAGCAAAAAAAUGUUACCUCGUGUCCAAAUGAACUAACGUGGUGAAAGUAGCAUGAAUACUGAAGCCCUGGCAUGGUACGGUGAGAGGGUGCUUAGCUUCUCCCCAGUGGAGACUGGAUUGUUUAGAGUACUUCUUGCUCUGGGUUUUUUUUUAAUCCACAGAUGGACUUCUUGAAAAUCCAAAUCGAAUGUGUCGCCACAAGGUAGUUCUUAGCUCACGUCUAACAUCAGGUCUACAAAACGGAACAAAUCCUGCCAAGAAACAGUCCUAAGCUUUUAAAAGACCUGCUCAAUUCACUCGCGAUUAGAAAAUGUAAUUUUGUGGACAAGAUGUGAAAAGCGUGGUUUACAAAGAGAAUUUUCUCCCGUUUUUUUGGAUGUAAAUUUCAGAAUGUAAAGAUAUGUAAAUUAGAUUAAUACACACUUAUAUACUGUGUAUAUAUGUUUAUAUACAGUACACUUUAUUGCCAUCCUGUAGGGGCUCAUUAUGGGCUAGAGCUGUCACAUCUUGGCUGAUACUGCCUGGCAAGACCUCUUUUUAAGUGCAUGCGUCAUCAGCUUCUUUUAAGUCUUUUUCAACCGGGCCGAUCGUAGCCGAUGCAUCGGGCCGUUUCCUUUUACACUGAACUCCCAGAUUGCUUCUUCUUAAGCAGCUUUGCUUUCCACUAUUGGUCCCUGACGCGUGGCUCGCUGAAUUAUCUGAUGGACAGUAUGGGAGAUAACGUCCAUCCCGGUCUCCCGCUUGGUUUCUGCCUUAUCUGUGGAACAGGACGUCACGGCAUCAAUGCACCGAGCAGGAAACUACAGCAUCAAAUAGCAGGGCGCUCCCCCAACAACCAUCUACUGCUCCGGGCGGGUGGAGGGCAAGCAAAAAAAGAAAAUAGGAUCCUAGCAAUAUCCGAUUUGGUCUUGUUAAAGCGCUUUUAAAAUGCAUGGGUGGUGAGUUGAGCGUCAUAGAUGUGCAUUAAGUGUGCCUCAAUCUGCUUGGUGGAACUCAUAGAUUCUUUCUUUUCAAUAUCUAAAUCGCCACCCUUUGAUUUGCCUUUUUUCUUCUGGUUCCCUUUCAUUCGCUGUCUGCUACAGCAAUGUAAAGUGCAUUUUUUUUAUAACGAGGGGAACAGCAAAUGUUCAAAUCUUGCUAAAAGUUGAAGGGACAAUGUUUCAUUUUAUGUCACAGUUGGAUGUUGUUGGGUGGUUGAUUGUUUUCUGACUUUUUAGUUUGCUGAGAGCCAUUAUUGUCUGUGUCAGACUGAGAAUUGGGCUGUGGGUUGGUGGCCAUUCUUGGCAUUCUGAGGAGCCCGGCAUGGAAUGAGCAAAGCGACGGCUACCAUCUCUCUUGCACCUGGUCCAGGGGGCAGUCGCCCGUUUCCAUGACAAAGCGAUGAAGUCAUUCAGUGUCUCAAAUAAAUCACUCUAUUUUGAUAUCAGAAA